UCAGGUGCUGAGAGAUGGCGCUUGGGGGGCUCAACCUGGCCUGAGAAUCGGCUGCUCCCGGAAGAGCCAACUCUGACUCCAGGGCUCCUCUCUUGAAUAGGCCUUCACUUCCAGCCACCUCAGUCCAACGACCGUGCAAAACCACCUGUUUUCUCUUAAUGAUGGGUAUUGGUAAGAACACCACAUCCAAGUCAAUGGAGGCUGGAAGUUCAACAGAAGGCAAAUAUGAAGACGAAGCAAAGCACCCUGCUUUCUUUACUCUUCCGGUGGUGAUAAAUGGAGGUGCCACGUCCAGCGGUGAACAGGACAAUGAAGACACUGAGCUCAUGGCAAUCUACACUACGGAAAAUGGCAUCGCAGAAAAGAGCUCUCUCGCAGAGACCCUGGAUAGCACUGGCAGUUUAGACCCCCAGAGAUCGGACAUGAUUUACACCAUAGAAGAUGUUCCUCCCUGGUACUUGUGUAUAUUCCUGGGGUUACAGCACUAUCUGACCUGUUUCAGUGGCACAAUCGCAGUGCCUUUCCUGCUGGCUGACGCCAUGUGUGUGGGGUAUGACCAGUGGGCCACCAGCCAGCUCAUCGGGACCAUCUUCUUCUGCGUGGGAAUCACAACCUUGUUGCAGACAACAUUUGGAUGCAGGUUACCCCUGUUUCAGGCCAGUGCUUUUGCAUUUUUGGCCCCUGCUCGAGCCAUCCUGUCUUUAGAUAAAUGGAAAUGUAACACCACAGAUGUUUCAGUUGCCAAUGGAACCACAGAACUGUUACACACAGAACACAUCUGGUAUCCCCGGAUCCGAGAGAUCCAAGGGGCCAUUAUCAUGUCCUCCUUGAUAGAAGUGGUCAUCGGCUUACUGGGCUUGCCAGGGGCUCUGCUGAAGUACAUCGGGCCGCUGACCAUCACGCCCACGGUUGCCCUUAUUGGCCUCUCGGGUUUCCAAGCAGCGGGAGAGCGAGCAGGAAAGCACUGGGGCAUCGCCAUGCUGACAAUUUUCCUAGUAUUGCUGUUUUCUCAAUAUGCCAGAAAUGUCAAACUCCCUCUCCCGAUUUACAAAUCCAAGAAAGGAUGGACCGCAUACAAGUUACAGCUUUUCAAAAUGUUCCCUAUAAUCCUGGCCAUCCUCGUUUCCUGGCUGCUCUGCUUCAUCUUCACAGUGACAGAUGUCUUCCCUCCCGACAGCACAAAGUAUGGCUUCUACGCUCGCACGGAUGCCAGGCAAGGCGUGCUUCUGGUAGCCCCCUGGUUCAAGGUUCCAUACCCAUUUCAGUGGGGCCUGCCCACCGUGUCUGCCGCUGGCGUCAUUGGCAUGCUCAGUGCGGUUGUCGCCAGCAUCAUCGAGUCUAUCGGUGACUACUACGCCUGUGCGCGGCUGUCCUGCGCCCCACCGCCUCCCAUCCACGCCAUAAACAGGGGGAUUUUUGUGGAGGGCCUCUCCUGUGUUCUUGACGGUGUAUUUGGUACUGGGAAUGGCUCAACUUCAUCUAGUCCCAACAUCGGAGUGUUGGGAAUUACUAAGGUUGGCAGCCGGCGGGUGAUUCAGUACGGAGCGGCAUUGAUGCUGGCCUUGGGCAUGGUGGGAAAGUUCAGCGCCCUCUUCGCGUCCCUUCCCGAUCCUGUGCUUGGUGCCCUCUUCUGCACUCUCUUUGGGAUGAUCACAGCUGUUGGCCUCUCUAACCUGCAGUUCAUUGAUUUAAAUUCUUCCCGGAACCUCUUUGUGCUUGGAUUUUCAAUCUUCUUUGGACUCGUCCUUCCAAGUUACCUCAGACAGAACCCUCUCGUCACAGGGAUAACAGGAAUCGAUCAAGUGUUAAAUGUUCUUCUCACAACCGCUAUGUUUGUUGGAGGCUGCGUGGCUUUUAUUUUGGACAAUACAAUCCCAGGUACCCCAGAGGAGAGAGGAAUCAGGAAGUGGAAGAAGGGCGUAGGCAAAGGGAGCAAGUCACUCGACGGCAUGGAGUCCUACGAUCUGCCUUUUGGCAUGAACAUUAUUAAAAAAUAUCGAUGCUUCAGCUACCUGCCCGUCAGCCCAACCUUUGUGGGCUACACAUGGAAAGGCCUCAGGAAGAGCGGGAACAGCCGGAAUUCAGACGAAGACUCGCAGGCCACAGUAUAGCCUCAGGGGCACUCGGUGGCAUGUCUCUGUAGUCCCUGGCGAGUAAUAAGCAGUAAAAUAUAUAUAUAUGUUUGUAUAUCUGCAUUUAC